AUGUUCCAGCUUCUAAUUCCACUGCUCAUGGCACUCAAGGGACAUGCCCAAGAAGAUCCAGCAAAAGUUCAAUGUGGUUACAGACCUGCCUUUUCAAACUCAUCAAGGUUACCAUUUCAUGAACUAUUUGAAGUCCAGAAAGGCGAGUUUCCAUGGCAAGUGAGUAUCCAGAUCUCUCGGAAACACCUCUGUGGAGGCUCAGUUAUACACCAGUGGUGGGUUCUGACAGCUGCACAUUGCUUCCAAAGAACCCUAUUAGAAAUGGAAGUGAAGAAUUUGACUGUGGUCAUGGGAGCAAGAAAAUCAAGUGAUGCGAGCUUGGAAAGAAUGAGAGUGCAGAAGAUAAUUAUUCACAAAGACUAUAAACCUCCCCACCUUGACAGUGACCUCUCCCUGCUCCUGCUUGCCACACCAAUACAAUUCACUAACUUCAAAAUGCCUAUCUGCCUACAAGUGAAGGAGUGGGCCUGGGACCGAUGUUGGAUGUUAGAGUGGGUAACUGCUCAUGAGUAUGACAGAUCUGAUAUGUACCUGCAAAAGAUGAGAGUGGUGCAGAUUAACUGGAAAGAAUGCAGCAGGAGGGUGGACCAGCUCUCCAGAAACAUGCUUUGUGCCUGGAAGGAACCAGGCACCAAAGGCAGAUGCCAGGGAGACAGUGGGGCACCUAUGGUCUGUACUAACCGUGGAACCAGGAGACUCUUCCAAGUGGGUGUCUUCAGUUGGGGCAUAAGAUCUGGCUCCAAGGGAAGACCUGGUAUGUUUGUGUCUGUGGCUCGGUUUAUUCCGUGGAUCAAGGAGGAAAUGGAAAAGGAGGGGAAAGCCUAUGUCAUCUCAGGAGCUCUGAGAAGAUCCUUGACUCAUACUCCACAAUACCCCUUAUUUCUAGGUUUGGGGUCUCAAAUUCUGCUCACAGUCAUGUUUACUGGUGAUAAAUCAAAUCACUAA